UGAACUGUUCCUUUAACCCGCAGCAACUAGUUCACGAAAUACUUUCACUUUCAUCCUGGUGUCGUACAAGUCUUUUCUCCAUUCAAAGACAACUUUUUUUUAUCGCUCUUUCAUGAACUCAUUUGGAUACAAACCACAGGAAAUAUAUCCAGGGUAUGUAAACCAAGAAUGACUUUUCUUUUAAUAGGAUAGCAUAAUCCGCAUCCUUCCAGCCUUGUUAGUGUUACUCGUAAGAUGGCAACAGACAAAGGAGGGAUAAGGAGAAGAUGGAGCUUAGAAGAACCACCUUACAUGAGCAUUGAAACACCGUUGAGGAUGCUGGUCUUUGGCAGCUCAAGUCUUCAACAGAUCUCAUUGACACACUCUGUUUUGGGGCCGGGCAUCUUUACCAGAGAUGAUGUCAAUAUUACAGCUACCAAGAAAAGUUCACGGGUCAUCCAGGAGAGAAACAUAACACUGGUCAACACACCGAAUCUUGGGGAUAAUGAUUUGCCAGAGAAGAUACUUUACAUGGAGUUCAAGAAGGCUGUUUGUUUCUCCUGCCCAGGGCCUCAUGCUGCACUCUUGGUUCUAGAUACAUUUCAUUUGACCUCCAUUGACCUAUUGAAGCCAGUGAUACACUACUUUGGAGAAAGAAUCUUAAAGCACACAUUGAUUGUUUUAUACCAUGAGAAAGGUCUGCAAACUUUAUCAAUAGAAGACGAGGUAAAGAAGAAUAAAAUCUUUCGAGAGCUUGCUGAGAAAUGUGGGCAGAACUACCUCUUCUUCAAUGAGGAAAUAAACAGGACUGACAGUAGUCAGACAAAAGCAUUGUUGGCCAAAGUAGAUGAGAUGGUUUUGGAGCAUGACAUUUAUUCAAACCUGGAAUUUAAAGAUGCCGAAAAAAGAAUUCAGAUAGAGGAGCGAUUCAUCAGAAAGUCAAAGGAGAAGGAGUUCAGGGAGAAGUUGAAAGCGCUGGAGAAUGAACAUUCAGGGGAGGCACUUGACAGAGAGAUUAUGAAGUAUGAAGAAAGAGUACAGUUGGAGGGCCGAGAGAUCGCAGAGCUGCUCGUUGCAGGAAGACUUGGAUUUACGCUCAGACUUGUUGAUUAUGCUGUAGCAAUUGGAAAAGGCGCAUUUAUAGGGGCACUUUUAGGAUUCACAAUUGGAUAUGAAGGUAUGGCAGUAGGAGCUGCUGUUGGUGCAGGGCUUGGUGGUAUACAUGGAGGUGCAGCAAAUGCAGCAUGGAGCUAUAUUGCCAGUUCCUUUGCAGAUGUUCGCAGGGGGAAUACUUAGAGCAUAGUCUCAGGCUCAGACAGCACGCCCACUUGUAAAAUACUUUAACAAUGAAACAAGCAAUAUAGCAGUCCAAACAGUGAGAAAACAAAUUGAAAUCACAAUCCAGAAACAACAAUAGAAUCAAGGUGGCAAGAAUUCAACCAAAAAAAUAGAUAAACUAUCAAGACUUUCCAAAAGAAAAAGAACAAAAUCUUAAUGUAAACUUUGUUGUUGUUGUUGUUGUUGCUGUUGAUACUUUCCUUUUUUUCUGAAUAUCUCUUCCAACUCUCUGGGCAUAUUUGGACUUUGCUCUUUAAAGUUGGUUGUUCCCAUUUUUUUAUUCUUACUCUUUGCAAAUGAAAAGGUUUUGAUCACAAAAAAAAGUAAAAUUUUACUAAUAUAUACACAUAUAUAUAUAUAGUUUGUGCAAAGUUGUACAUUUUAUAUUUUGUCAAAGUAUCAAUAAUUAAAUAUAU